GAGCAGGGAGAAAAACUCGUUCAACAGAAGCAGGGAGAUAUCUUUACGAAUCAAGGAUCAACCGCAUUUCCAAGCUGAGAUCAACUAAAAACACCAGCACCGGAGACAGAUCUCCAACUGGAUCACUUGUUGAGCCAGGGGCUGGGCUUCCCCAGCUAGUGAGAGGAAACGCUGGGAACCAACCGGGGCGGCUCCCUACACCAGUUCGUCCAGAUUUCAGGACGUGACUCUGAUUUUGAAAGGAUUCAGGAUUCACUGUCAACACCGGGAAUAGCGAUGCGUCCGCCGACACAAGUCCGCCCUCACGAUCUACUGCGCUUCGCGACGAACCUUUAAACCCCCGAAACUAUCCGGUUAGUUACCGACGUCUCUGUAUUUAACACCGAUCUUUUCGCGAGGCGGCGGAGAGGCGCCCAGCCCCUGUCGUACGGCGGCGACACCGCUGGCACAGCACGGCUCGGUCCGGACGGAGCCAUCCCGCCCUGAUGCAUGCUGGGAUGAUCGGCGUCUAACAUUUUUUUUGUAAAGCGGGUGUGUGAACACAACAGACGUGUGUUGCAUGCUAACAAGUGGUUAUAGAGAAGGACCCCCCCCCCUCCCCACUGCGAUUUCCUCUUGACAAGUCGGGAGUGGUGUUUUGCUUCGCGGGCGACCAUGGCGGAGUGCGGCGUCGCGGACAGCCCCAGUGCAAGCCCCGUGCACGGCAAGAAAAAGGCGCAGCAGUCGCCGGUUUGCUCUUCUUCUCGGUCACGCUACCAGGUCGGAUCCCCCGGCCACUGCUUCAAACGGGUCACCCUCACCAAGCCUACUUUCUGCCACAACUGCAGCGAUUUCAUCUGGGGUCUGGUCGGUUUCCUGUGCGAAGUGUGCAACCUGAUGUGCCACGAGAAGUGCCUGAAGAAUCUGAGGGUGACCUGUUCCUGCAUGGCUCCCACCUUGGUGCAGGUUCCUGUGGCCCACUGUUUUGGGCCCGCCGGUCUAAAGAAGAGGUUCUGCUGUGUGUGUAGGAAACCCACGGAGGGGAACGCGUCCCUACGCUGUGAAGUGUGUGAGAUGCACGUGCACGCCGACUGCUCCGUGUUCAGCUGUGCAGAUUGUCGGCUGUGCCACCAGGAUGGAACCCAGACCCUGGAUACGUUCCAGCACCACUGGCGAGAGGGUAACCUGCCGUCGGGGGCGCGGUGCGAGGGGUGCCGGCGCUCCUGCGCCUCCUCAGAUGUCCUGGCGGGCAUGAGGUGCGAGUGGUGCGGCAUCACGAGCCACGCUGCCUGCUACGCUGUGCUGCCCCCGGCGUGCAAGCUGGGUCGGCUGGCCUCCGUCCUACUGCCCCCCUCCAGCGUCCAGCUCAGCUCCAGGAACUACAGCAAGAUGCACUGUUACCGCAUCGCAGAGGGGUCCCACCACGACAUGGACACCCUAGAUGAGGUCGGCCCCUCCAGCCCCGUGGCGCCCAGAGAGACCCCACAGACCUCCUCCUCAGAGUCAGCUAAGCAGGCGGUCCGGGUCUUUGAUGGUGACGAUGCUGUGAAGCGCGGAGCUUUUCGCCUCGUCUCGGUUCCACGGGUAACGAGGAAGGAGGAACUGGUGGAGGCGGCCCUGAGGGCGUUCUACCUGCCGGACACGCCACAGCGCUACGAGCUGCAGGCGCUAGGAACCCUGCAGCCCCUCCACAGCGAAGACGUCCUCAACCGCAACGGGACGCUGGAGCACAAGAAGGACGCCCCGCCGGAGGCGUGGGUCCUCAGGGCCGUGCCCCUGGACACAGAGGUCCUCAAGGUCCACGCCUGCUGGCUGAAAACUGGCCUCUCCCACGCUUCCAUCUCCAUCUCCCGGAGCAGCACUGUAGACUCGGUCCUCAAAGAGCUCCUCGUUCAGUUAGGACGGCAGAGCGUAACUCGAACCAAACCCCACAGGGAACACCAAACACUAAUUGGGCAGUGGCUCGUUUCCAUAUGUUCAAAUAAGUCGAAGGAGAAGGAUUCCUCCAACUUCAACCUGGUGGAAGUCCACAUGGGUAGCAAGCAGGUUUUGAGACAGGUACUGACAGGUGAAGAGCUCCUAUUAGACAAGCUGCAGGAGAUCAGGAAGGUUUCUCUGCGGCAGAUGAACCAGACUCGGUUUUAUGCAACGGAGAACCGCAACCAUGUGAUCCAGGUCAGCCUUCUGAUUGGAGGACUGCCGCUCCUGCUGCCCCGAGAGGAGUACACCCAGCUGGUGCAGGAACAUCUGUCUGUGAAAAGUCACCUGGUCACCAUAAGUCACAUGUAUGGAAGCCAAGGUGCAGUGGUGCUGCAGGUCUCCUGUUUCUCUGAGGCGGAGAGGGUCUACAUGUUGGCUAAAGACACGGCAGUCUGUGGCAAACAGCUGACGACCCUGGUCAUCCCCCACAUCCUGCACAACAAGCUAGCCAGAGGAGCUUGUCCCAUGCUGGUGUUCGUCAACCCAAAGAGUGGAGGCAUGAAGGGCCGGGAGCUGCUGUACAACUUCCGGAAGCUCCUCAACCCCCAUCAGGUGUUCGACAUCACCAACGGCGGGCCGCUUGCAGGGCUCCACACCUUCCGGGAGGUUCCCCGCUUCAGGGUCCUGGUGUGUGGGGGGGACGGGACGGUGGGCUGGGUCCUGGGGGUCCUGGAAGCCAUUCGACACAAGCUGGUCUGUUCAGAACCACCGAUAGGGAUAGUACCGCUGGGGACAGGUAACGACCUGGCCCGGGUGCUGCGUUGGGGGCCGGGCUACAGCAGCGAGGACCCCCACCACAUCCUGCUCUCCCUGGAGGAGGCGGACGAGGUCCUGAUGGACCGCUGGACCAUCCUGCUGGACGCCCAGGACCUGUCCGAGGACGCCUCGCAGGGGGACCCCGACAGCGGCUACCUGGAGCCCCCCAAGAUCGUCCAGAUGAACAACUACUUUGGGCUGGGGAUUGACGCAGAGGUCAGCCUGGACUUCCACCAGGCCAGAGAAGGCGAUCCAGAUAAAUUCACCAGCAGGUUCCAUAACAAGGGUGUGUAUGUGAAAGUGGGGCUCCAGAAGCUGAGUCACACCAGGAACCUCCACAAACAUCUCCGCCUGCAGGUGGACAAACAGGAAAUCGAGCUGCCCAACAUAGAGGGCCUCAUCUUCCUCAAUAUUCCCAGCUGGGGUUCAGGCGCUGACCUCUGGGGAUCAGAGGGGGACUCGCGCUUCGGGAGGCCGCGCAUCGACGACGGCAUGCUGGAGGUCCUCGGCGUGACGGGCGUCGUUCACAUGGGCCAGGUUCAGAGCGGUCUGCGGUCGGGGAUCCGUAUUGCCCAGGGGAACUAUAUCAGGAUCACGGUGACCAAACCCAUUCCAGUGCAAGUGGACGGAGAGCCCUGGAUUCAAUCCUCCGGACACAUUAUUAUAUCUGCUGCUGGCCCCAAGGUUCGAAUGCUGAGGAAGUCCAAACAGAAACAGAAAAAGUCUUCAGGAACGAAAGAUGCUCGCUCUGAGAGUCCCUCCUCCAGAGAAGGGGGCCACUGACGCCACCCUGGGAGGGAAGCCUUCUGGUUCACACCUGCUUUCUGCUCAAGCUAGGCGGCCAUUUUGGCUCCGACAGUGUACUGUGGUAGAGAGACGAUGAUUUCAAUGAAAUAUUACCGCGUUGAAGGUAGAUGGCUCUGGCACGAUACAGAACGGUCUAUAAGAAGUUUUUAAUGGGUUUAUUAACUUUUUUUUAAGUUUUGAAAUCACCCAGAAAUGAGUAUGUAAUACUUUUUUUUUUUUCUUUAAUCUCGUACAAUAAUACUGUGUAAUGCUGUAUUGACCUGUGGAUUGACGUCAAUUGAAAUGUUGUAUUGGGUACAAUAGUAAAGAAUAACUGCCAGACACAUAGAACCUAUGUCGAAGAAUCUUCAUAAUUUAACUAACGAUAUCCGGAUUUUUAUGUUGGAUAUAUAAAAGGUCUGAAACAGUGUAGGUGUCCUAGAGUAUGUUCUAGAACGCUAGAUUUUCCCUGAAGAUUGGCGAGCGGUCGUAGAUAUCAUUCCAUUUGUAUUUGGGUUCUCGUUAACCAGACUUCCCCUCAGUGAGAAGCUCCUCUAGACUCUGGGUCCCAGCAUAACAACGUGCUGCUAGUGGUGAGACAAACCAAAGCUAAUGUGCUCUGAGGGCCAAAGGCUCCUCGCACUGCUCCACCAAACCACAGCCCCCCGUAUCAUCAGAAUGGAACAGGAAAUCGUAUAUCUCUCACACCACAAGUGCUUUUUACACAGUCACACAAGCAUACAUAAGCUACACAAAUACUUAUCCCUAGCAGAUGGCCUGCUCAAGAUUGACUUGACUUGAUUGAGUAUUGGAGAUAAGAGUUUGGUUUUACAGUAAUGGUGAGCUUUAGCCAGGAUCAGAGGGGACACUUUCCCCAUUCUACAAGCCAAAAGAGGAUUUACGAAAUGUAAAAAAGAUGUAUAUUUUACUAACCUUGUACAAGUGUGUAUGUUGGAGAAGUUGGACUCUUUGAACAGACAGACUUUAAUCCGGGUAAUCAGUGUUUGGCUCAGGGUUUAAGGUUGAAGACUAUCAAUUUUUGACUUGAGUCCUUACAUAUUUUGGACCGUUGCCGGUUACAAAACCGUACUGGAAACGUUUAUGGAUGGAGAGCAAGUGAUUUGACUAAACAGAUGAACAAAAACCCAGAUGUAUUCAAAUACCUUGGUAUUGUGGAGCGUAUUACUCUUUGGGAAUUCCUGUUUAAGAGUAACCAACCACUUAAACCAAACCUCAUUGUCGGGGAGGGUGACUGAUUCUCUCCCUUAUUUAAAGGGUGGCAUUAUUCUGCACCGAUUUCGACCCAUCUGAAUCAGUUCCCACUGAUUCACCAGGAGGGGCACUGUCCCUGCAGUUUUAGUUCAGUGUUUGGUUUCUUUUUAAAUGAUGGUUCAAUGAAAGGCGACCUGCUGUCACCGAUCAUCCUUUACAGACGGGCAUGUUGAAUUGAUGCCCAUAGCUGACACAAACAUCAUCAUCGUUGAUGCUAUUGCUAUUAGUGAAUGGUGAGCGUCUUGCUGACCUUGCAGUGUAGUUUUCUGAAUCAACUGGCUCUGAAAGGAUAUAGCGUCAGUCAGAUAUUUCAGGUACUUCCUUUAAUUCGUUAUAUCAUAAUUCUUUAAGGCAUGAAGUUGAAGUUAUGCAACUGCUCUGGAGCGUUGGAGGUUUACUGUGAAGCUGCGGGUGGACCCUGUGCAGUGUGUUGUGCUCGGAUUGUUAACCGUUUCUAGUUCAUUUCAAGCCGUUUGUCAAAGUGCUCACAUUAUUGAUUGGUGCUACAAUGGAACUGGUCACCACUAAACACAACUGUAGAAUCAGUAAAUAGAUCGUGUCAUAGGCGUUGAUCGUGAAUCUUUUCGUUGAAGUGGUCUUGAAACACCAUUAGAUUAAUUAUUUAAAGAGUCACAAUGGAGUUGAUGACUAACAGUGAGUAGUAAGUCAUCAACACUAAGAAUCAUAAAAAAAAACACCUGCAAAGCCACAGGCUCUUGUGAUGGUUCAAACUAGGGGAAUUCUUUCAUACGGCGAGCGUCUGCUCCAUAACCGCUGAUCGGAGGCUGCCCCGAGCACGGGCCCAAGUUGGAGCAUUGUUAGCAGCGAGAUGGGAAGUUGGUAGGCCUUCGUUAGUCCUUCCUCUUUGUACUUUAUCCUGUAGCUGUCCUGCAUAUCUGUACUGUACACAGUAGUGGUAUUGUUGAAGUCCUAUUUCUAUUUGUUCAUACACCACCCAGUAUGGUUGUAGUUCAACUUCACGUAUUCAUGCUCUGCGUUAAUACUGUACAGUGUUGGACACUAUAGAAGUCUGCCUUCUGCGUAUUUAUCCUCUUAUUGAACCUGCAUAAGUACUGUAUAGCGUGGUAGCUAUUGUAGAGAUUCAACUUGAUGUGUCAAUCCUGAGUUUGUAGGCUAUCCACAUACUUUUUAUACUAAGCGGAGCAAGACAACUUUAACUGUCACAAACCACCUUAACUUAUGUCAAAGACCUCCUACACAUUGCUUAAUACGACUCCUUACAACUUUUAAGGCUAAGGUAGGCAGUUUGGAGAACUCAGCCCAAAGUAAAUGUACCCUGGCUUUAAUGACCCAAACCUGUCCUCUCAAUAAGCACAGGAACCUGUAGUUCUGGAAGGUUACGGUUAGUGGUCAGAUAAUACAAAAUGUAUUACGUGUAGCCAGUGGAAAUGAGUCGUAUAAUAUAUGUGUUUAAACUCGUACAGGGGCUUCCAUGUACAAUGAGAGAUUAGUCUGUCCUUUGUUUCCAUCUCAGUGUCGGCGCAAAUAUAUAUUGACUUUUCUUAACACCUGUUUCCCAUGAUGCCCUGUGUUUAUGCUUUGUUCUUCGGUUGAAGUGGUUAUUGUUGAGGUUUGAAUAGUUUGAGGUUAGGGAAUGGACAUGGUACAUUUAUGGGUUAGGUGUGAAAAGCGAAGGGAGCAAUGCAUCAUGUGUAAUUCCCAGUAAAGUUAAUGUUUCUCCUCCACCUAAAAUGGUGGUCUGGUAACGCCAACUGCAACAUAACAUAAUACAGUACAUUAAUACCCCUGGCCUUAUAGUACAGUAAUACUGAACACUGUCCUGAACCACAGUACACUCAUACUGACCAAUACACACCUACAGUAUAACGACUGUACAGUAAUACUGAAUCACGGACUACUCGAUGUAGGGCCUAAUUUGUUGAUUCAGAUCACAUGACCUCUGACCUCAACUGGAUGAGAUCACUGCAUUGGAGAAAAAAAUAAUAUUUAAAAGUCUGCAUUCCAUGGUUUCUUCUUUCAGAUCCUGUGUGUGUACGUCUGUACGUGUGUGACUAUUUGUUUUGAGAUUAUAGUGUUCUAAUGUGCCUCUAGGUGAUCUUAGCAGUUGGGUUUGCCGUAAAAUACAUUUUAUGUUUAUACUUGAGAUUUUACGAAAGUUUAACUUAAACUAAAUAGAAUUUUAUAUUUUUGCAGAGAAAUGCUGUUUUUUUUGGUUUCAACUGUAAAUUGCACUAAUUAUUUUACAGAUGCUUUUAGACUUAUUGUUCGGUUUACAAUAAAUAUCGUCAUAACUAGAUCUCUCUAUAUAUAUAUAUACAGGAUAUAUUAUUAAAACGGAACUAAAUGUGAAGAUAUAUUGAACUAUAAAAUUUAACAAAUUAAAUGUGUUUUAUCAAAAUAAACUUAAGAAAUGAACUUUCCAUCAGUGUUUUUAUUGUGCUUUACCGAAAAUGUGAGUGAAUAUACCUUGUGCUAAGCCAACAACUUCAAUCAUAAACAUUUCUUAAUCUUAUUUGUAUCUCUAUUUAUUUCAUUGUCCUGUACCCUCUGCUUUGACACCCUUAUUCCCUGUCUGGGAUCAACUAAUAAUGUAGAGUGUUACAUGUCUAUAAAACAUAUUAGGGGGUGAUGACAGUAUAUUUAGACCAGGGUUUCCUGCAGAUCUAUCCAUCCUCUCUCUCCUAACACUGAAGACGACAAAUGCAACAGGAUCGGGGUGG